AUGACACUCCGAAAAGGAGAGAAAACGACCAUAAGUAUCCAGGAGCACAUGGCUAUCGACGUCUGCCCCGGCCCCAUCAAACCCAUCAAGCAGAUUUCAGAUUACUUCCCCCGCUUCCCCCGCGGGCUCCCCGCUGCCGUCGGCCGCAGCGGUACGUUGCGUCCUGCGGUCAGUCAGCCCUCGGUCGGCCCCGCCGAGACGCCCCGUGAGGAUGACGAGGAUGUGGACCAGCUCUUUGGGGCGUAUGGCACAACGCCCGCCCCGCCGCCAGCCAAGUGCCCUCCAGCCGAGGAGGCGGUGGAUCCGGAAGGCUACGAGUCCGACGACUGCACUGCUCUGGGGACACUGGAUUUCAGCUUGCUCUAUGACCAAGAGAACAACGCCCUGCACUGCACCAUCAACAAGGCCAAGGGCCUGAAGCCAAUGGAUCACAACGGUUUGGCUGACCCCUAUGUCAAGCUGCACUUGCUUCCCGGGGCCAGCAAGGCAAAUAAGCUGCGGACCAAAACGCUGCGCAACACUCUGAACCCCACCUGGAAUGAGACCCUCACCUACUACGGCAUCACCGACGAGGACAUGAUCCGCAAAACGCUGCGGAUUUCUGUCUGUGAUGAGGACAAGUUCCGCCACAACGAGUUCAUCGGGGAGACGCGGAUCCCACUGAAGAAGCUGAAGCCCAACCAGACCAAAAACUUCAGCAUCUGCCUGGAGAAGCAGCUGCCGAUAGACAAAACAGAGGACAAGUCGCUGGAGGAGCGCGGCCGGAUCCUCAUCUCCCUCAAGUACAGCUCGCAGAAGCAGGGCCUGCUGGUGGGCAUCAUCCGCUGCGCCCACCUGGCUGCCAUGGAUGCCAAUGGAUACUCAGACCCCUAUGUCAAGACUUAUUUGAAGCCAGAUGAGGACAAGAAGUCAAAGCAUAAGACGGCAGUGAAGAAGAAGACUCUGAACCCUGAAUUUAAUGAGGAGUUCUGCUAUGAGAUAAAGCAUGGUGACCUGGCCAAAAAGACAUUAGAAGUCACAGUGUGGGACUACGACAUCGGGAAAUCAAAUGACUUCAUAGGUGGAGUCGUGCUAGGGAUCAACGCCAAAGGCGAGCGGCUGAAGCACUGGUUUGACUGCCUGAAGAACAAGGACAAGAAAAUCGAGCGCUGGCACACGCUGACAAACGAGCUGCCGGGGGCCGUCCUCAGCGACUGAGCACCCCGCACUGCUGGGCUCACAGGGCUGCAGGGCACAGCUCCGUGCUGGAGA